AUGUUAGAUGCUAAAGAGACUUUAUUAACGCUCACGGUAGCAAGUGAUUGCACCGAUGGAUUCCAAAGAUUUAAUCGGUCAUGCAGAAUUUACGAUUUAAAUUGCAAGAUUCUUGGUAUGAACAAAAUAUGGAAAGGUGGCAGCAUGGAAUUUCCAGGUGGAGGCUAUAAAAUUAAUCUCUUAAGAAGAGAACUCGAGCGUUUAAAAGACAAGGAUGAUAUUAUAAUCGUUACAGAUAGUUAUGAUGUCAUCUAUACCGCUGGAACUCAAGAAAUAUUGGAAAAGUUUCAUCAAUUUAAUGCUAAUGUAGUUUUUGGUGCGGAGCCAUAUUGCUGGCCCAAUCAGGAAUUAGCUAGUCAUUACCCAGUGGUUUCGUCUGGAAAACGAUUCUUAAAUUCUGGCGGCUUUAUCGGUCAUGCAAGAACAAUUUACGAAAUAAUCACCUAUCGGUCAAUUGAAGAUAGUGAUGAUGAUCAGCUAUACUAUACCGAGAUUUAUCUCGAUUCAAAAUUGAGGGAUAAGUGGAAUAUUAAACUUGAUCAUAAAAGUGUCCUAUUUCAUAAUCUCAAUGGUGCUCAAGAGGAAGUCAAUCUAAUUCCAGACAAUGGUGGUAAAUAUCGAUUAUUUAAUGAAGUCUAUCAAACUUUACCUAUUGCAGUUCACGGCAAUGGACCUACUAAGGAAGUGAGCUUAAAUUAUUUUGGCAACUAUUUGGCAAAUUAUUGGAGUUUUAAUGACGGAUGUAUAGCAUGUAAAGAGAACACCAUUGAACACUUAAAGAAAGACCAUUAUCCAAGGCUUUCUCUCGCUAUAUUCAUCCACAAAUCUGCACCGUUUACGGAUGUAUUUCUGCAAAGAUUAUCAAAUCAGCAAUAUCCAAAAGAUAAAAUUGAUUUAUUUCUUCAUAUAAGUAUUGACCACCAUUUGAAAGAUACUCUUGUAUGGUGGAAGAAAUAUUCCUCGCUUUAUGCUAGUCAAGAGCUAAUUGUACCAUCAGAUAAGAUCAAUCCAAGUAAAGCAAGAAAUUUAGCCAUGGAACAAUGUCAAUCCUCCAACUGUGAAUAUUUCUUCUCGAUCGAAAAUGAUUGUAUGUUAACAAACAAUGAAACAUUUAAAUUGUUAAUGCACUAUAACAGCACUAUAGUGUCACCUUUACUGUUUAUAUCCGGCCGGCUAUGGUCCAAUUUUUGGGGAGCUAUUGAUCAGAAUGGGUAUUAUGCAAGGUCGAAGGAUUACAUCGAUAUUGUUGAAGGUAGAAAGCGAGGAAUUUGGAAUGUUCCUUACAUUCGAGGGGCUUAUAUGAUCAAUAAAAGUCAUUUAAAGAUGCCAGAUCUAGCUUUCGAUGAAGAAGGUGACUUUGAUAUGAAGUGGUGUGCAAAAAUGCGAAAAUCGGGUACCUUCAUGUAUGUUAAUAAUAUGCAAAUAUUUGGUCAUUUACUAAAUUUAAAGAGCUAUUCUAUAGAUCAUUUGCAUAAUGAUUUAUAUCAAAUCAUCGACAAUCAACCUGAUUGGGAAGCAAAGUAUAUACACGAGAAUUACUCAAUCAAUUUGAGGGAUGAUCAUGAAAUUCAAAUGCCAUGCUCCGAUGUCUAUUGGUUUCCAGUUGUAUCUGAAAUUUUUUGUAAACAUCUGGUGGAGGAAAUGGAAAAUUUUGGCCAAUGGUCCGCCGGAGGCCAUAAAGAUAGUCGGUUGGAUGGAGGCUAUGAAAAUGUUCCGACGCGCGACAUUCAUUUGAAACAAAUCAAUUUAGAACAGCAAUGGCUCUAUUUUUUACAGAAAUAUAUCGUCCCUAUACAAGCUAAAGUUUACCCCGGAUUUUAUUCCAAAGGCCAUGCUUUUAUGAAUUUUGUUGUAAGGUAUCAUCCUACAGGGCAGCCAUCACUGCGCCCUCACCAUGAUGCAUCGACCUAUACCAUUAAUAUUGCACUAACGAGGGCAGGAAUAGAUCAUGAGGGUGGAGGUUGUCGAUUUCUAAGACAAAAUUGUAGCGUUGUUAACACUAUGCUUGGAUGGUCUCUGAUGCAUCCAGGCAGAUUAACCCAUUAUCAUGAAGGAUUACCAACUACUAAAGGGACAAGAUAUAUUAUGGUCUCGUUUAUUGAUCCUUGA